GUAUAAAUAUGAAAAGCACCCUCCAGAUGCUUCAGUUCUCAAGAUUAUUAUUAAGAUGCAGCCCAAACUGGUCGUCUCGCUGAUUGCCCUCGGGGUCAUCUGUCUACUACAGGCAACACCCACCGAAGCAGCCGGAAAGCAUGUGUUGCAGCUGAUGAAAUUGUUCCGAGAUUUAGAUUUUGACUGGUCGAAGAAACCAUUCUACCUAAAUCGAGCAAAGUACGGUGUGCAGAACCAGCUCCGACAGCCACUCUCCAACAAAGCCCUUUCGUUCCCGACUACCGCCAAGCUUUCCGAUCCGUGCUUGAAGCAAAUGGUCACCAAGGUGAAAGAUCUUGAAGAGUCCUUCUAUGCCGGAUUCAGCUACAACUGCCACGAGCAUGACCAAUAUUCGAUGCAAUGUCUGGAAGCGGCCGAACCGGAAUAUUUGAAUGGGCUGAAGGAGCUGGCUGCCGAGACGGAGAAAUGUCUGCUGCAGAGCUAGACGACGCACAGAUGGAUAAUGAAUUUAUCGCGCAAAGGAAUUGUUGCUUCAAUAAAUCAUUUAAGCAUCAAACGAGAUGUGAAACAUUCAA